AUGGGGUUGCUGAAGAAUAUAUCACCUAUUGAUUGCAUUGUGCUUGAUGGUGGCUAUCCACAAAGUAUUUUGGAAGAGAUGACUGAGGAAGAAGAGCAGGAUACUUUUGGACUGCAUAACUUUUGUUUACCAGUAAGAAAGCAGAGAGGAACAGGCUUAUCAGAAACAGAAGCUGAAUACAAUUCCCAUCUUGGAUCAUUCCGUUCAAUGUUAUGCUGCUUACUCUAUAAUAUGAAGAAGAUACUAGCAAACAGUGAUGUACAUAUUGAUCAUCAUCACUCACUCUGGGUUAUGAGCAACUUUGAUUACCCUGAUACACAUGAUAAGUCAACACAAGUAGAACCAAUACAUACUUUGCCCCAAAAAGCAGAGUUAGAAGCAUCUAUUGUUGAAAUUCAAAAUCGAUUCCUUCAAUCUAAAAUUGAUGAUACAUAUGAUUGCUUGGUGCAUAUUGAUUAA